AUGGCCAUAGAUGGUGUCGCUCCGAGAGCCAAAAUGAACCAGCAACGAUCCAGACGAUUUAGGACGGCGAAGGAGACAAAGGACCUCGUCGAGAAAGCCCUCAGGAAGGGAGAGAAACUACCAGACGAGAAGGCAUUUGACAGUAAUUGUAUCACACCAGGAACACCUUUUAUGGCUCGACUAUCGUUGCAACUACAGUACUUUGUAAACAAAAAGAUUACGGAAGACUCCAAUUGGCGAGAUGUACAAGUAAUUCUGUCCGGUCACGAGGUGCCUGGCGAGGGUGAACACAAGAUUAUGGAAUACAUCAGGCUCAGUAAAGCUCAGAAGGACUAUAAUCCAAACACUCGGCACUGUCUCUACGGUUUGGAUGCGGAUCUCAUCAUGCUGGGCCUCCUAAGUCACGACCCGCACUUUGCUCUAUUGCGAGAAGAAGUCAAGUUUGGACCUCAAGCCAAAAAGAAGAGCGGGACCUUGGAGACCCAAUCCUUCUUCCUUUUGCACCUAUGCCUCUUCCGGGAGUAUCUCAACCUCGAAUUCCAGCCACUAUGGGACCCUAAAGCCAUCAAUAUCGCGGAUCCCUCAGCCAGCUCCAAGCCAAUCCUACCGUUCGAAUACUCCCUGGAGCGCAUCAUCGACGACUUUAUUCUGCUAGCAGUGUUCGUUGGUAACGAUUUCCUUCCCCACCUACCCGACCUUCACAUCCACGACAACGCCUUGGAAGUGCUCUUCGAAAAGUAUCGGGAAACUCUUCCAAAGGCUGGUGGCUACCUCAACGAGAGUGGAGUCAUCAACACCGAACGACUGCAGAUGGUACUUGAUGCUUUGGCAACUUUUGAACAGCAGGCGUUUGAGAAGGAACACUCUGACAUGAACUGGUUCAAAAGCAAGCAACGGCCCAAGCAAUUGGAUACGCUUGUCGAGCGAGGCGGAACAGGCGGCUCAACGAUCACACGUGAUCAGCAGCAAAUGUUCAAGACUAUCGAAGCAUUCGUUUUACAAGCACGUGGCAAAAGGCAGCCACAACAAGUCGAUCAGGAAGUUGAAGGAGUGACCAAGCUCUCCUUUGUCAACACAUUUGCAGCACGGGAUAGGGCUUUCCUCUCACAAGUUGCAAAGGACUUGCAUCUCUCCCUGACAUGGGACGAGUAUAAUGAUGAGGAUCAGAAUCUCGCCGUUCUUCGACUCCCCUCCGCAGCGAAUGAGGAUGAGGAUAGUGACGAAGACGAGGAAGGGCGACGAGCUGUCGACCGGGUGCUCAAGAAGUAUGCUCGAGCUAAGAUUCUUGAAGAUGAGGGAACGUUUGACGAGCGAUACGAAACCACUCUCAAAGCCAGAAUGGACAAUUGGAAGCGACAGUACUAUCAGGAGAAACUCGAGAUUAAAUACGACGACAAGGAGGCCAUGGAUAAGCUCGUGUAUCGCUACAUUGAGGGCCUUCAGUGGGUUAUGCAUUAUUACUACAGCGGAGUCGCAUCCUGGGGAUGGUUCUACGACUAUCACUAUGCUCCUAGAAUAUCCGACUUAAAGGGUGUCGAUAAGAUGAAGUUUGACUUCAAACUUGGCAUCCCGUUCCGACCCUACGAACAGCUUAUGGGCGUGCUACCUGCUGCGAGUCAAGAGCAUAUCCCGCAGGCCUACAGGGAUCUCAUGUACGACCCGACGUCUCCGAUUCUCGACUUUUACCCGACAGACUUUGAGAGUGAUCUCAAUGGAAAGAAGCAGGAAUGGGAGGCGAUUGUCAAGAUUCCAUUUAUCAACGAACAACGUCUACUACAGGCCAUGGCCUCUCGAGAACAUCGGCUGACGAAAGAGGAGAAGGAGCGGAACACCGUUGGAACAAGCCUCACCUUUACCUACUCCCCCAAUCAAGACAUCGUUUAUCCCUCAUCCCUCCCUGGCUUCUUCCCUGACAUUCAUCAUUGCCAUUGCAUCACCAAGCCGUUUAACCUACCGACGCUCGAUGGUUUGCACCUCGUCAAAGGUCUACUUGAAGGCGUUGGUCUGGGUGUACAUGCCAUGGCUGGCUUCCCAUCUUUAGACACGCUCCCUCACACGGCGCAGCUGAUACAUCACUCGGUCAAUGUCUUCCAGGCUGACAGCCGAAACCAAUCCGUCGUCUUAUACAUCAAGAACCUCUGGGAAGGUAGCAAUACCCUCAAGGCGGCUGAAAAGCUCAUUGGAAAGCGAGUCUUUUACAACUGGCCAUUCUUGCAAGAGGGCAUGGUCGUUGCUCUUUCCGACUCUCAUUUCCGUUAUGAGUAUCAACGUUAUGGAAAUGGCGUCAAGGUUGCGGGUAGUCAGCACAGCGCUCCUGGGUUGAGCAAUUGGGCGAGAAAAGCCGAGGGCUAUGAAUCAAGGUACUCGAAGCGAUUUGGUGUGAUCACGGGAGACGUUGAUAUCCUGGUACACGUUCGACCUCUGAAAGGGCUCAGGAGCAAGGAUGAUGGAUCGCUUGUCAAAGACUGGGACGAUGCCGACAAGGAGACAGAUCUUCCGCUGCAAAUGCUUGUCCAGGAGGUCAACUUUGAAGACGAGCGCUUCAUGGAACAGGCAGCUCCCUCACUUGUGGACGAGUUUCCGCAAGGAAGCAAGGUCUUUUUCCUUGGUGAGCAUGCCUACGGUGUGGUUGCUCAAGUCGAAGGCGUCGAAAAAAAUGCGCUCACAGUCACUCUUGCCUUUUUCCCGAAAGAAAAGGCAGAGAACGAGCAGCUCACGAAUAUCGCUUUGAGUGCGGCACAGCCGGACUACUAUACAGCCUACAAUGUCGCUAACAUGCUCCGCAUGACUGGCCUGGCGGUUUCCAAGAUCACUUCGAGUCUCAUGGUCAUUAGCUCCGAUGGAUCAAAGACCAAUCUCGGCCUGAGCCUCAAGUUCCAAGGCAAAGGCUUGAAGGUACUCACAUAUACAAGGAUGGAGGGAAAUGGCUGGGAGUUCAGUGCCAAAGCGGUCGAAUUGCUACGUGAUUACAAGGCAGCGUUCCCUCAGCUGUUCAGCAAGCUGGAUAACCGAGGAGAUGCCAUGCUCAAGGCUUCCGAGGUCUUUAUUGGCAAAGAUCCUGAUGCGCAAGUCAAGGCCGCCAAAGCAUGGCUCGCCGAGCGCGGUAUCAAAGACUUGGAACCUGUACCACUCAGUACCGAGACCCUUGAAAAGGAAACAAUCUCUCAAAUUGAGGCUGCAGCGGCUCAGAUUGCUGCCAGCCGAACGGCGACAGGAAUCAAGAAGGCAAAGGUCCAAGGCAUUCCGCGCCAGGCGGUCCUGAAGCCCAUCCAAGUCCAUUCCCGCUUGAAGGAUCAAGUAUUCAAGUUGGGAGACAGAGUCAUCAUGGUCCAAGACUCUGGUGGAGUGCCAUUGUGCAACAAGGGAAUCGUCGUCGGUAUCGUUGACAAGAUGAUUGACGUUGUAUGGGACAACGCAUUCAUCGGCGGGUCAACGCUUGGUGGACGGUGUUCCGAGUAUCGUGGUUCGACAUGCACGAUCAACUCUUGCCUCAACCUCACGAAUCAGCAAUUCAUUGUGGCCACCACACCAACACAACAAGCGCGAUCGGUGCCCGUUCACCUCGAAAAUGCGUACGGAAUCGUCACAUCUUCUCCAACACCCACCAAUGGACGAGGUCGUGGGACGCCGCCAAUGCGGAUCAUGUCUAAUCACAAUAGUGGACGUGGAACACCGACUAAUGGGACGCCUAACUCGAAACCACAACGAGGGACUAAUGGGUAUUCUGGAGGUCUUGCACCGACAAAUCAUCAACAGACAUCCUCGGAAUCUCGAGUUCCAAUGCAAGACGAUCCGCCAGCGGUCAACUUGUUCCACGCAGCAAGAGGACGGGGCUUACGAGGUCGUGGACCGGUUAUUCCACGUGGUGGUCGUGGUGGACCGCAUCAAGCCAUUUCCGUGCUUCAACGACCAUUGCCAACUCCGCCGCAGAACCAAGCUCAGCAAAACCAGCCUUCACCAGCGGCUCAAUCUGCACCUGCCCAGGUUCAAGUUCGCCUCGUGCAGGAAGAUGGCCCACAACGCCAGAGGGGCCGAGGAGGAUUCAACGGCCGAGGCGAGCAGCGCGGACGAGGUGGACGGGGUGGAGGACGUGGACAGCGACCACAAAACUCGCCAACUGUCCCGUCAUAA